CCACCACAGCCCCCGGCCACAGAUAUUCCAAUUGUUGAUCUAUUCACCACUGAAAGUCCCGAAAGUCUGGCGGUGAAUGUCUCCAUUACGAACAGUUUGGAAGGUGUCGACUAUAGACAAGUUUGCGGUCGUAGAAUGUUCCCCGAACCACGUAUUGUUGGUGGUUCCAAUGCCGCCUUUGGACGUUGGCCAUGGCAAAUAUCUCUGAGGCAGUGGCGUACAUCGACCUAUUUGCAUAAGUGCGGAGCAGCAUUGCUGAAUGAAAAUUGGGCCAUUACCGCGGCACAUUGUGUAGAUAAUGUUCCUCCUUCGGAUCUUCUAUUGCGUCUGGGUGAAUAUGAUUUGGCUGAAGAGGAAGAACCCUACGGUUACCAAGAAAGAAGAGUACAAAUUGUAGCCUCUCAUCCGCAAUUCGACCCACGAACAUUCGAAUAUGAUUUGGCACUAUUAAGAUUCUAUGAACCGGUCACAUUCCAACCGAACAUUAUACCCGUUUGUGUGCCAGACAGCGAUGAAGAUUUCAUUGGUCAAACAGCAUUUGUUACUGGGUGGGGUCGUCUCUAUGAGGACGGCCCAUUACCCAGUGUACUGCAGGAGGUUGCAGUUCCCGUUAUCAAUAACACCAUUUGUGAAUCCAUGUACCGAUCUGCCGGCUACAUUGAACACAUACCGCACAUAUUCAUUUGUGCGGGAUGGAAGAAGGGCGGUUACGACUCAUGUGAAGGUGAUUCUGGUGGACCCAUGGUUCUGCAACGUGAAUCCGACAAACGUUUCCAAUUGGGCGGCGUUAUUUCCUGGGGCAUUGGCUGUGCCGAGGCAAAUCAGCCAGGAGUUUAUACAAGAAUUUCCGAAUUCAGAGACUGGAUCAAUCAGAUUUUACAAUUUUUUAGGCAAACUGAUGCCAGCAUAGAUCAUGACGACGAUGAUGCAGCCACACUGAGAAAUGAGGGACGCAAACUCUUUGGUGGAUAUCGCAUCACCCCGAAACAAUGUCGAGCAACUAAAACACUGCCUAGUUCCGAUCCCAGAUCCAGUGGACCAACGAUAUGCAUGUUCAAUCACGAGUGUGCCCAACGCAAUGGUGAAGUAGUGGGAGCAUGUAUGGACGGCUUCCUAUUCGGUGCCUGUUGUCAAGUGCCGAAAACACAACAACCAGAAAGCACACUUAUUAAUGAUGCCCAAAAUGCCUACUACCAACAGUAUCAACAGAAUAAGCUGCAACAACAGGAAACGGAAACAAACAAAAUCGUUUCUCAGGCCUAUGAAAAUUUUGCGGAAAAUUCAGUUCAAGCUCAAUCACAAGAGAAUGCCUACGGUUCGGGCAAUGUUAGUAACAAUGACGACCAGCAAUUGCUGCUGGACACCUUGGAACAGACAAGCAGUACCACCAAUGCUGAUACUUCAACGGAAAAUUCCGAAGCCAGUUCCAGUACCGAAGCCGACUACAGUGGCCAAUCGAGCACCGAAAAUGUUAGCGAUUCAUCACGGGAACCCCCUAUGUCAACUGCUCUAAAUAACCCUUCGAAAAUGUCUUCAUCUGCUAGUCCUCAGGCUCCGCAGAACGACGAUUUUGUGAUGCAGGCAUUGAAUACACUACCGCCAGAGGAUGACGACAGCAACCAACAGAUAUCCUUCACCACCGAAAUACCCACGAAAAUUGUAAAUCGCUUAACCGAACAUCAGAGCUCUGAGUCCGAGUCGUUUGAAGAGAGUCAUGCCAGCCCUGCUACAGAUUUGCCUAACACUGAAGACAACGUCUCCGAAUACGAGAGCACACAAACACACAACAAGGAUAACCUGUACAACGCUGGAACAUUCAGUCAUAGUGAUAUAACUCACCCAGGAGCCGAUGCCGUUCUAGUCGAAAACGAUUUACAAUUCUCCACUGGAUAUGGUCCUCAACCAGUUGUUGUGCCGGCACCUGAAGCCAGCGAAAAGACGCCGAUCAGUAAUAGUGCGUACGACACCACCACAGCUACCUCUUCAUCCAUCACCACACAUGUCGACUCCAUUGAAACCAUCAUCCAACAGUUGAACAACAGUAGCCAUGGUCCCACAUAUAACAUCAUUAAUCCACAAUCGUCCACGUUUGCAUAUGAAAUUAUCAAUGCCACGAAUGCCCCAGCUUUAGACUAUACUCAAGAGCAGACUACUCUGUAUGUGCCCGUGUCCGAAGCCGAACCAGAGCACAACGAAAAGCAAACGGCCACGCCGCUAUAUGGGUCGUCGUCGUCGACAUCGGAAGAUUCUACAACUAAAACCACUACUACCACCAACGGACACUAUGCCGACGAACUGGUUUUGGAAGAAGACCACACCAUGCCCGAGACUAAUUACAACGACCAAAUCUCCUCGAACCAUCACACUUCUGACUUCAACAAAAUGCCUGCAAUGGGUAUUGCCUACCCCGUUGAUAUGUCCCACAUGGAAGAAGAUAAUUUGGACAAUGAAAAAAUUGCUACAAGUAGCUCAUACUCAACACAGCAACCAGCUCAAAUUAUUACCAAAAAACCCCAUCCUGUGGCCACCUAUAUUGGGGUGGUGACAUCUCAGAAUUAUGGACAGCAGCAGCCACAAGUGCCCCACGAAGUGAUAGUGUCUUCUCACACCACCAAGGUGGAGGGAAACAUUGAUUCCUCUGUGGAAUAUAAACCCAUUACUAUGUCCACAAACAAACUCACCACACCAAUAUAUCAGCCCAGCACAACCACCACCACCUUAAAACCUGUGAAGACUCGCCCGAAUUUGGUAACGAAGAGACCGGCCAACAAGAAACCAACUACUAAAUCACCAAUCAAUAGAUUAGGCACAGGCACCACCAGUUCCUAUUUGACGACACCUGUUGAGACUAAGGCACCGGAACCUUCAUAUCAGCAACCAAGCAGUCAGAAUUAUGCUCCCUCCUCCGACAACUACUACCAGGACAGUCUGCCGUCAAUGACAACACAGAAGCCUACGCGAAAACCAAUCGAUACUAAAACUCAAACCAAUCAAAACUAUAAUUCACCAUCCAACAACAACAACAAUAACUACUACCAGGAAUCCAUAUAUACCGCAGAAUCCACAACAAAGCCCAUUGCCACCCGUAAACCUACAAAGAAACACACCUCCAAGCCAGUCUCAACAAGCUAUGUCACCGGGCCAACUUCACCACGGCCCUCCCCGUCACUGGACUUCGGUUACGAUGGUCAACAUCAAGUCAUUGCUACUGAUGAUAAACUAGACUCCUUUGUCCACAGUACUGCUGAAAGUCUAGCCUCCGCUGCCGCCGUCAAUACUCAGGAAUCACCAUUGUACGAUAACUCUGUGGUUGAUACCCCAGUGCCUAUUCUCCGGCCACAGCCCCAAUACAAUACGCACAAGAAACCUGCUUUUGUACAGAAGCCAAUAACACAAAGGCCCCCUUCACCAACAGUCUUGAUAACGCCUAAGCCCAGCAAGCUCAACACUGGGGCCGGCAAUCACUACCCCACAAUUCAACAUACCACUCCAACGACACCGCUGGCUGAUCAUUCCAGCACGUCAUAUCUACACAACCACCAGGUGACAAGGCAACCUGGAGCUGUGAACAGUGGAGGUGCCGAGUAUGUCGGACUCACAACUGUCAAUUCAAAUGACUUUGACGACCCAGGCUACUAUGGAACUCCCGACCAAGCACAGCCUCCUCAGCCGUUGCCCGGCGUUUUCACACAAUCAUCCACGGAAAGUGUGUACCCACCACCUUCAGAUGACAAGCCCGCCUUCCCCGGCUAUUAUGGUCCGACACCCACAUAUCCAGCUUUCGCCGUACCCGGAGAGAAGGUCGGCUCAGCCGCUGAAGAGGAAACAUAUACAUCGCCCAAUGACUUUGUUAACUUCCCUCCCGUGAGAAAUCCAAAUCUUAAUAUGUCGGCAGCAUCGAGUGCAGUGACCAGUGACUUGGAACUUUCGACGCCCGCCUUUGUUGAGGACACUAUACUGAAGAAUAAAAUGAACACUUUGGUCCACAAAAUUGUUGAAUCCUUGCAGGGCAAUUUUGAAGCUCUGGCAGAUAUAAUUGACGAAAGUAAUAACACUGCCCCAGUACUAACCUACCAGGCAUCGCCGACAGCAUCUUCAACGGUAACAAAGAAACCUGCGACACGUAAGCCCGUCAAAGCCACUACCGUGAAAACGAAAGUCACUACCAAAAAGCCAGCAACAACCAAGGCACCCGUAAAGAAAACUGCAACUACAAGGAAACCGGAAGUUACGACCAAAAAACCAGAGGUAAGACGCACGACCACCACCACCCGUAAGCCCGCGACAAGGAAACCGACACGCAAAGUCACUACCACAACCAAGGCUCCACAAGAUGAAAUUGUCGACGAGGAAGAUGAGGAAGACGUCAAUCCGAGCGACAAUGAAAUACCCGAAGAGGACGAUGCCCAAUCAGGUCCAGGCGUAGGAGGCCGUAAAAUACAAUGCGGAGUCCGACCACACAUCAAAUCCGGCAGAAUUGUCGGUGGUAAAGGUGCCACGUUCGGUGCAUAUCCUUGGCAAGUUUUAGUCAGAGAAUCGACAUGGCUUGGACUCUUUACCAAAAACAAGUGUGGUGGAGUCCUAAUUACCAAUCGCUAUGUAAUAACAGCUGCCCAUUGUCAGCCUGGAUUCCUAGCUUCCUUGGUUGCUGUAAUGGGAGAAUUCGAUAUUUCGGGAGAUUUGGAGAGUAAACGAGCCGUAACCAAGAAUGUCAAACGUGUCAUUGUUCACCGCCAAUACGAUCCAGCCACAUUUGAGAAUGACAUCGCCCUGCUGGAACUUGAGAGUCCGGUGCAAUUUGAUACCCACAUAGUGCCGAUUUGUAUGCCGCCUGAUAAUGCUGAUUUUACUGGACGCAUGGCUACUGUAACGGGUUGGGGUCGUUUGAAAUAUGGAGGCGGAGUACCCUCAGUUCUGCAAGAAGUUCAAGUGCCCGUUAUUGAAAAUAGCGUAUGCCAGGAAAUGUUCAAUACAGGUGGACAUAAUAAAAAAAUUCUUAACUCAUUCUUGUGCGCUGGUUAUGCCACCGGCUUGAAGGAUUCAUGUGAAGGUGACAGCGGCGGUCCUUUGGUAUUGCAACGCCCCGAUGGACGCUAUGAAUUGGCCGGCACCGUAUCCCAUGGAAUCAAAUGUGCUGCUCCCUAUCUGCCGGGUGUGUACAUGCGCACCACAUUCUACAAACCCUGGUUGAGAAGCAUAACCGGAGUGAAAUAA